AUGGCUGACAAAGGCAAAAAGGGCAAGAAGGCGGCGGCGGCGGCACCUGCAUCGGCGCCCGCAGCUGCGCCGCAGUCCCCUCCUGCAGCUGACGAACCAGGGGACAAGAAAGACCAAGAGGACAAGGAGAUCAAGAAAAAGCCAAAGUCGGUGCAGCCCAAGGAUGAAGUGGGCACCAGGAAGGGGUGUCGCCGCUACAUGUGGGAAUUCAAGAAAGGCAAUAGAGAGUUCUGGGUGAUCGGGCACGCCGAGGUCAAGAUCCUGAGCUUGGGCUGCCUGAUAGCUGCACUGGUACUGUUCACGGGGACCAGCGUGCACCCUCUCCUGAUGCUCAUCAUCACCAUGGAGAUGUCCAUCUUCUGCUUCUUCUUCAUCACCUACACCCUCGCCAUCAACAGAUACAUACCCUUCAUCCUGUGGCCCAUUUCUGACCUUCUCAACGACCUGUUUGCCAUUAUUUUCCUUGUGGGGGCCGUGGUCAUAGCUGUGAAAAGUCGACAAACCAUGCCACUGCACUACUUUAUUGCUGUGAUCCUUAUUGGUAUGGCUGGAAUGUUUGCUUUAAUGGAUAUGUGUCUUCAAAGAAAACAUUUCAAAGGCAAGAGGCUCAAAACCAAUGUGCUGUUUCCUCCAAAAAAUGAACGAAAGGUUGAAAAGCCAAAGGAAGCAGAAAACCCACCAGAAAAGGCACCAGAAAAGGCACCAGAAAAAGCAGAAAAGCCAAAGCAGAGAGUAAAGGGAGGCAAGAAAUGA